CCGCCUUCUGAAAUCAAUCUCUUAUUCCAUUGCAGCCAGCCAGCCAGCAGAAGAACCGCCUCAUAGCCGAAUUGUGCAAUUCAAUUCAAUUCUCGUUUUUUCGUUGCGUUCGUUGUGGGUUGAUUGAUUGAUUCCGAUUAGGUUAUAAUUAGGGCAAGGUAUGGCGUCGUGUGUGUACGUGAGGUGGGAGGAAGUUUGGGUGUCGAGGGAGAAGGGAAGGAGGGAGGUGCAUUACGUUCUGAGGAGAAGGGAUGGGAGCUCAGAUCUGGCACUUGUUGGCAAAGAGAAGAGCUUGAGGCACAUGUUUUAUCACUAUGCGCUUCCCACCCAGAAGAAGCUUCUUGCUUCCAUGGGGUCUUCUGUGUCUUUCUCCAAGCUCAAAUCUCGCAAAGAAGUCGUUGAUUGGUUGGAUUCCCUAUUCUCUGAUUCCUCCGCAGAGAAUUCAGCUCGUGCAGCUGAUGCUGAAACCUUGAAGGAUAAUCAAUUGGGGAAGCUGGGCCAUGGUACAAAAGAAUUCUUAUGGUUAGGGUCUCCUUGGACUUGCAAGAAAAGAAGAAAUCACUAUCAGUCAUUUAAGCGAAACGGUUUUAAGAUAUCUGUUUAUGAUUUUGUAUAUGUUUUAGCAGAAGAAGGCAAACGUCUGGUUGCCUACUUGGAAGACAUGUAUGAGGAUUCCAGAGGCAACAGGAUGGUUGUGGUACGAUGGUUUCACAAAAUUGAUGAGGUUGGUAUCGAUUUGCCUCAUGAUUUUUGUGAGAGAGAGGUUUUCUUUUCUCUUUAUCUUCAAGAUCUAAGUAUUGAAUGCAUAGAUGGAUUGGCUUCUGUCGUUACUCCACAACAUUACGAAAAGCUUCAGAGUGUUGCGAGAUAUACUCGCUGGGAGCCAUUCAUAUGCAGAAAACAAUUUGAUAAUGAUGAUGUCAAACCCUUCGAUGUAUCCCAGCUUAAGGGUUACUGGAAACAAGAUAUAAUCAGAUUCAUGUGUGCGCCUUCUGAAUCAAGGUCUCAUGGGAGUUCUGGUCUGUCUGACAAUAGCCAAGGAAACUCCGAUCCAGCUGCUGAGAGUAGACCUAAGAAGAGGCGGCGCCUGACAAAAGUUGGUAGCAAAGAAGUGGCUGAUUUGGCUGCUGUUAAACUAGAUUUGAGUAAUUCUAAAUCCAAUACCAAAAUUGGAACUGGGAAAACUUCGUUGAAGAAUGUUUCUGAUGACUAUUUAGUUGUAGGUUCCCAAGUUGAGGUUCUCUCACAGGACAGUGGAAUGAGAGGCUGUUGGUUCAGAGCCUCUAUUGUUAAGAUGCACAAAAAUAAAGUGAAGGUUCAAUAUCAAGACAUUCAGGAUGCCGUUGAUGAAACCAAGAAGCUUGAGGAAUGGGUUUUGGCUUCCAAAAUCUCAGCUCAUGAUGAUCUGAGGCUACGGAAGUAUGGAAGGAAUAAGAUUCGGCCAGUCCCACCACCUCAUAGAUUUGAAAAAUCCACGGGGGUUGAUGUUGGUUCCAUUGUUGAUGUUUGGUGGCAUGACGGUUGGUGGGAAGGCAUUGUUGUUAAAAUAGUGUGUGAAGCUAAAUAUCGUGUUUAUUUCCCAGGGGAGAAGUUGGUGUCAAUGUUUGACCUUGAUAACCUACGACAGUCUCAAGAAUGGAUAGGGAAUGAGUGGGUGAAGAUGAGGGGAAGGCCUGACCUUGUGGAUUCUGUAUUGUCAACCUUAAAGGCAAAACAAGGUCCCUGCAAUUCAAGUGAAUUAUCCACAGAAGAUGUCAUACAAUCAAAGGAGGCUGAUGCAUUCUUGGAUUCUGAAGGGGAUAAAAGUAAGAAGCCUGAGUUGUUUCCAGACCUCUUGAAAGAUGAUAUACUAUCUCAAUUACGGUGGUCAUCUAGGAAGAGGAGACGUAGUAAUGGCACCUCUUUGGGAAGUGAUAAAGAUAGGAGAAAGUCCCCAAACUCUGUGGAAUCUGAUGCUUCUGACAGUUUUGUGAUUCCAGCAUUUGUGAAUGCUGAACAUGACGACUUCACAUAUGGAGGGGAUCCUUCUGUUUUCAACUCUUCGGUUGUCCCUUCCUUAACCAACUUAGUUAUGUGUAGGUAAUGUGUCUUUGUUUCUUUUACUAGGUCUAGGCUCAUGGUUCUUUCUUUCUUUAAUUUUUUUUCCUUUCCCUAAGUUCGAAUAUUUAGCUCUCUUAGAUGAAUAAUUUUCUUUUUUGAUAUUCGAGUGAACUGUGGUAUCGUGGCUAUGAUGCCAAGUAAGUUUGGCAGAUAAUUUCUAGAUGCAGUGGUGUAACCGCUUUAGCUUUGACGUAGGAUAGUUUUUUUUGUAACGGUUCUUUCAUUCUCUGAAAAUGUUCUAAAUGUAUCGUGUAAUUUAAUCGAAUAAUGGAAAUACAUAUAUACCAUUUUGUA